AUGACCCUCCUCGGCUCCGUCGUCCGCCAGUUCGUCUCCAUCCCCACGCUCCCCGCGUCCCUUAGCGUCAAAGGCCAGACCGUGUUCAUCACAGGCGCCAACACAGGCCUGGGGCUAGCAGCCGCAAGAGAAUGCGUCGGGCGAGGAGCAGCCAAAGUAAUCCUCGCGGUCCGCAACCACACCAACGGCGACGCCGCCAAACGCUCCAUCCAACAAUCCCACCCAUCCGCACCCGCCACAAUCGACAUCUGGGACGUGGACCUCCUCUCAUUCGACUCGGUGCUGGCCAUAGGCAAACGCGCGGCCCAACUUCCCCGCCUCGACAUUGCGCUGCUCAACGCCGGCGUCUUCAAGUUCGCCUGGUCCACUUCGGCUAAUGGCUACGAGACGGGCCUGCAGGUGAACCACCUGGCCACGGCGCUGCUGGCGCUGACACUGCUUCCCACGCUGAAGAAGACGGCCCAGGAGCUCGGCUCCCCGUCGCGACUUACCUUCACCUCGGCUGAGACGCACAUGUUCACCAAGUUCGCCGAGCAGGCAGCCGAGAAACCGCUGGACCAGCUGAACAAGAAGGAGCUGUACAAGGAUGCCAUGGACCGGUAUUGUGUAACGAAGCUGCUCAAUGUGUUCUGGGCGAGGGAGUUGGCGGCGCGCACGUCUCGGGAUGAGGUUAUUGUCAACUACUUCAACCCUGGCGCGGUGGAUACUGGAAUCCACCGUGAUGGUAACCUUCUCAUCCGGAAGUUCGACCGCUAUGUUGGCCGCAGCGUCGAGCAGGGUGCUAGUCUCAUGCUGAAUGCUGCGGUCGUCAAGGGGGCUGAGAGCCAUGGGGAAUACAUGAGCGAGGGGGCGAUCAAGCCACCAUCGGACCUCGUGCUCAGCGAUGCUGGCGCUAAGCUGCAGAAGACACUUUGGAAUGAUACUGAGGCGGUGCUGAAGAUGCAUGUACCAGAGGGCAUGGAUAGUAUUUUUAAGAUAUAG